GCGAGGGGCUACGGAGCUCUGACAGCCCCGGCUCCCGCCGCCCCCCCACCACCACCCCGGGCCCGGCGCGGCGUGGAGUGGGGCAGUGCGGGAGGAUCCGCCGCGGCGCUGCUCCAAAAUGCACAGGACCACCAGGAUAAAGAUCACCGAGCUCAACCCCCACCUGAUGUGCGCCUUGUGCGGCGGCUACUUCAUAGACGCCACCACCAUCGUGGAGUGUCUGCACUCCUUCUGCAAAACCUGCAUUGUUCGCUACCUGGAGACGAACAAGUACUGCCCCAUGUGUGAUGUCCAAGUGCACAAAACCAGACCCCUCCUCAGCAUCAGGUCGGACAAAACCCUACAGGACAUUGUGUACAAACUGGUCCCGGGGCUUUUCAAAGAUGAGAUGAAGAGGCGGCGCGACUUCUACGCAGCCUACCCCAUGGCAGAGGUUCCCAAUGGGUCCAACGAAGAUCGCGGGGAAGUCUCCGAGCAGGACAAGGGGAACCUGACGGACGAUGAGAUCGUCAGCCUGUCCAUAGAGUUUUAUGAAGGGUCGAGAGAGGAGAAGAAAGGGACGGUCGAGAACGGGGACCUGGAGAAGGAGAAGCAACGCCUCUCCCCCCGGCCCCCUCCCGCUGCGUCCCCAGAAGAACGGGGUACGGUUCCUGCGCUGUCCCGCCGCCAUGACCGUCAUGCACCUGGCCAAGUUCCUCCGCAACAAGAUGGACGUGCCCAGCAAGUACAAGGUGGAAGUCCUCUACGAAGACGAGCCCCUGAAGGAGUAUUACACCCUGAUGGACAUCGCCUACAUCUAUCCCUGGAGGAGGAACGGGCCCCUGCCGCUGAAAUACCGUGUCCAACCCACCUGCAAGCGGCUCAAGCUGUCCCAGCCGGCCACCUCCGAGUGCACCAACACCAGCGGCGCCUCCGAGUGCGAAUCGGUCAGCGACAAAGCCCACAGCCCCGCCACGCUGCCUGCCACCUCCUCCUCCCUGCCCAGCCCCGGCACCCCGUCCCACGGUUCGCCCAGCUCCACUGCCGGCAGCGGUCCCGCCGGCACCGGCACCGUGCUCAACGGCACCUCGAACUGCCACCCGCUGCCACCCACCGCCAACCGGUGCCGCAAAACGACUGUCAAUGGCAGCACGGCCUCCGCCUUGACCUAAACGACGACCAAACAGGGACUCCUGGCUGGGUUUUAUAUAUCUAUAUAUAUUAUAUAUAUACAUAUAUAAAUAUAUAUGUGUACAUAGGGAGAAAAAAAAUUAUACAUACUUAUUUUCUAUUGAUUGACCAGAUUAAUUUAAAAUGCAAAUAAGACACAUAAAUGUGGUUGAAUAUUUUUAAAUGAUUUUUUUUUUUUUUUUUUUUUUAAUUUUAACUUAAUGUAAGCUGCAUGCCGGAGCUGGGAGCCACGCAGGCGCUGCCGCCUUCCUUGCUCGUUUUUCUCUAACGCUUUUCACUCUCCUCCCCAUCCCUCUCCCCUCGCGCCUGCUCGGAGCGAGACGGGGCCGUGAGCGGGGACUCCCGGCUGCACAGGUAAGGGCCAAGCACAGGUAAGGGCCAAGCACAGACGCCAAAAACUGCCCCCCCCCCCCCAGCAACGCCAUGCCCUGAUUUUUGUUUUUCCUUUUUUUUAUGUUCAUUUGGGGGUUUUUUUGGCACCAGGUUUGAUAACGUGGUGCCUGUGGCCAGCUGGGACCAGCGCGUGGUCCGUUUGUCGGCAUCGAGCAUCACUUGCCGGCGUUGCCCCCCCCGGCUUUGCCUUGCCAUGCACGUUUCUGUUUCUUUAUCUGCUUUCCCUGUGUGGUCUCUGGAUGGUGUUUCAGGCUCUGAUCUAGCAAAGCCUCACACAAACGUUUCCCUUUACGCACAGUAAGUAGGUUCUUUUCUUCCCUCCCCCCCCCCGCAAACUUAAAAAAAUGAUGCGGUGAAGGGCCAGCCGUACUGGGGGUAGGAGCACAAGCCCCGCUGAAUAUUGGUUUCUGCUUUCCAAGGGAGCUGCCACCUCCCCGGGGCUGACGGAGGGCGCUGGGUGCCAACGGCUCCGGGCACCACCGGGAAAUUUUGGCUGGGGGCAUCUAAACCGGUGGGGGCUGCUUUGGCAGCGCUGGGUGAGUCUGCGUGGGACCCAGGGGCUCCAAAUGCUGCUGCCCUGCCCGAGCGAUGGGGGCGCGGGACCCCCACGUCGCUGGCUCCCCAAUCACCUCCAUGGCUUCAACGCCACAUUUCAGAGCAUUUCUUUUUUCGUUCCCUCCCCCGUCCUUCCUACCUUGUCCUGUCCCCACAUUGGGUUUUUAAAAAAAUAAAAGAAAAAAAAAUAAAGACUACAGUGCCUUUAGCCAGGAGGCUUCGGUGAGGGGCGAGAGUGGGAAGGUGCUGCCGUGUUUCGGGCGGGAGCGAAGCGGUACCGGCGGCACCGGCUGUCCGCACGCUCCGGGGAAGGGACCAACUUUCUACAUUGACACAAAAAAGCACACGAGCCCCGGGAAACGCAGACCCCGGGGGUUUCUUUCCCAACCUUUCUGGGGAAAGGGACGAAUGACAAAAAAUAAGCAAGUGCCUGCAGCGCCCGGACAGCACCCCACGGCCAGGCAGCGGCUGCGGCCGCCCGCGACGGCACGGUGAGAACCAAAGGAAAGCGGCACGGGAAUUGUAUGAACAGCCCGACUCCAAAGGUCAGGAAACAUGGGAUGUUGUUAUUGUAUUUUUAAAUUUUUUUUUAAAUUUUUUUUUUAAAGCACUGCACCCCCAUCACGGACUCGACAGCGGCACCUUCGCUAUAGCACAGCCCCGGGCUCCGCUGCCCCCCGGGCACUGGGGAUGGGGCCCGGGAAGGGUCCCCACGGGGCCCCUUUUGUUUCUCUCUUCCCCAUCCCCGGGCUGGGGCUGGAUGAGGAGCUCGAAGCGUGUCGGGGGGGCUCCAUUUGUCUCGACUUUGACACCCCUUUUCUCCUUGUAAAUAGGCCACAAUGGACCGAGGGAGGCAGCUGAAGUGCCUCGGUCUGGGGUUUG